AUGGAAAAAUUUCUUUUUUAUCUGUUUUUCAUUGGCAUAGCAGUGAGAGCUCAGAUCUGUCCAAAGCGUUGUGUCUGUCAGAUUUUGUCUCCUAAUCUCGCAACCCUUUGUGCCAAGAAAGGGCUUUUAUUUGUUCCACCAAACAUCGACAGAAGAACUGUGGAGCUGCGGUUGGCAGACAAUUUUGUUACAAAUAUUAAAAGGAAAGAUUUUGCCAAUAUGACCAGCUUGGUGGACCUGACUCUAUCCAGGAAUACAAUAAGUUUUAUCACACCUCAUGCUUUUGCUGACUUGCGAAAUUUGAGGGCAUUGCAUUUGAAUAGCAACAGAUUGACUAAAAUUACAAACGAUAUGUUCAGUGGGCUUUCCAAUCUCCAUCAUUUGAUACUGAACAACAAUCAGCUGACUUUAAUCUCUUCUACAGCAUUUGAUGAUGUCUUUGCCCUUGAGGAGCUGGACCUGUCCUACAAUAAUUUAGAAACGAUUCCUUGGGAUGCAGUUGAAAAGAUGGUUAGCUUGCACACUCUUAGUUUGGAUCAUAAUAUGAUUGAUAAUAUUCCCAAAGGGACUUUCUCCCACUUGCACAAGAUGACUCGGCUUGAUGUAACAUCAAACAAAUUGCAGAAGCUACCACCUGAUCCUCUCUUUCAGCGAGCUCAGGUACUAGCAACCUCAGGAAUAAUCAGCCCAUCAACUUUUGCAUUAAGUUUCGGUGGAAACCCUUUGCAUUGCAAUUGUGAAUUGUUGUGGUUGAGACGUCUGUCCAGAGAAGAUGACCUAGAGACUUGUGCUUCUCCAGCACUUUUAACUGGCCGCUAUUUUUGGUCAAUUCCUGAGGAAGAGUUUUUAUGUGAACCUCCUCUCAUUACUCGUCAUACGCAUGAGAUGAGAGUGCUGGAAGGUCAAAGGGCAACCCUGAGGUGCAAAGCCAGGGGGGACCCUGAACCUGCAAUUCACUGGAUUUCUCCUGAAGGGAAGCUUAUUUCAAAUGCAACAAGAUCUCUGGUGUAUGAUAACGGAACACUUGAUAUUCUUAUCACGACUGUGAAGGAUACAGGUGCUUUUACCUGCAUUGCUUCCAAUCCUGCUGGGGAAGCAACACAAACAGUGGAUCUUCAUAUAAUUAAGCUCCCUCACUUACUCAACAGUACAAACCAUAUCCACGAGCCUGAUCCUGGUUCUUCAGAUAUCUCAACUUCUACGAAGUCAGGUUCUAAUGCAAGCAGUAGUAAUGGUGAUCCUAAAAUGAGUCAAGAUAAAAUUGUAGUAGCAGAAGCGACAUCAUCCACGGCACUACUUAAAUUUAAUUUUCAAAGAAAUAUUCCUGGAAUACGUAUGUUCCAAAUCCAGUAUAAUGGUACUUAUGAUGACACCCUUGUUUACAGAAUGAUACCUCCCACGAGCAAAACUUUUCUUGUCAAUAACCUGGCUGCUGGAACUAUGUAUGACCUGUGUGUCUUGGCAAUAUAUGAUGAUGGCAUCACUUCGCUCACUGCCACGAGAGUCGUGGGUUGCAUCCAGUUUACUACGGAACAAGAUUAUGUGCGAUGCCACUUCAUGCAGUCCCAGUUUUUGGGAGGCACCAUGAUUAUUAUUAUUGGUGGAAUAAUUGUAGCAUCUGUGCUGGUUUUCAUCAUCAUCCUAAUGAUCCGGUAUAAGGUUUGCAACAAUAACGGGCAACACAAGGUCACCAAGGUCAGCAAUGUCUACUCUCAAACUAAUGGGGCUCAAAUCCAAGGCUGUAGUGUAACGCUGCCCCAGUCCAUGUCCAAACAAGCUGUAGGACAUGAAGAGAAUGCCCAGUGUUGUAAAGUUGCCAAUGACAAUGUGAUACAAUCUUCGGAAACUUGUUCAAGUCAGGACUCCUCUACCACUACCUCUGCUUUGCCUCCUACCUGGACUUCAAGCACUUCUGUGUCCCAGAAGCAGAAAAGAAAGACUGGCACAAAGCCAAGUACCGAACCACAGAAUGAAGCUGUCACAAAUGUUGAGUCCCAAAACACUAACAGGAACAACUCAACUGCAUUGCAGUUAGCUAGUCGACCUCCUGAUUCUGUCACAGAGGGGCCCACAUCUAAAAGAGCACAUUCAAAGCCAAAUGCUUUGCUGACUAAUGUUGACCAGAUUGUCCAGGAAACACAGGUGAGAUUUUUGUUACCUGUCUCAUAA